GUAAUCUGUCUGUGACUUGUGAAGUGUGAACGUUCAACGUAUACACACUUAACAUUAAUUAAAUAGAAAUAUUUACUUUUUAAAUACCUGACAUGUUAUAAAUAUUAUUUCAUUUUCUAAUUUCUAAAGAUUAAAUUGAAAAUGCCAACUGGUCAUAUUUCCCUUUAAUAUCAAAUAUAAAAUAUUCAUUGUGAUAAAAUGACAAACCGUGUUUUUGUGUACAAAAACUUCUCAGAAAAUGGAUUUGUUAUGGCCUUGGAAAACUCUAUGGAUGUCUUCAAAAAUAAAGUUUCAUGUCAGUUCCAAAUACCGGUGGAAAACUUAAAGUUAUAUUUAUCUAAUGGCUGUGAAAUUGUUGACCUACAUGUUCUUAAAGAUGAGGAAAAGAUAUAUUUAGAAUACGACGAGAAGUAUCAUAAAGCUAUGCAUUCCUUACCUGAAAAGGAAAACCGAUCUGUGUCCGACUGGAUUCGUUUGAAUAUCGGUGGAAAACAUUUCAUGACCACAAGAUCUACACUGUUAGCAAAAGAACCUUUAUCCAUGUUAGCAAGAAUGUUUGCUGAUGUUAAUAAUGUUUAUUUAAUGAAUCCCAGCGCUAAAGAUAAUACUGGGGCCUACCUUAUCGACCGCAGUCCUGAAUAUUUUGAACCUAUUCUAAAUUAUCUUCGUCACGGCCAAGUUAUUCUUGACACAAAUGUAAAUCCCAAAGGUGUUCUUGAAGAGGCAAUUUUCUAUGGCUUGGAUUCCAUGAUUCCACAGUUAAAUCAAUUAAUGGAGGAAAGAAAGAGUCGCCAUGACAACCACUCACUCACCAGAAUGGAUGUGGUCCGACUGAUCAUUACUACACCUACAACAUCUGAACUACGAUUUCAAGGUGUCAAUCUUGCUGGUGCUGAUCUGAGUAGACUGGAUUUGAGAUACAUUAACUUUAAGUAUGCUUGCUUAUCUAAAUGCAAUUUAAGUGGAGCUAACUUAUCUAACUGCUGUUUAGAGAGAGCAGAUUUAUCACAUGCCAAUUUGGAGGGUGCUCAUCUAUUAGGAGUAAAGGCACUUUGUGCUAAUAUGGAAGGAGCAAUUUUAAGAGGUUGCAAUAUGGAAGACCCAGCUGGCUCUAGGGCAGUCAUGGAAGGAGUCAAUUUGAAAGGUGCAAACUUGGAAGGUAGCAACAUGGCGGGCGUUAAUUUACGUGUGGCAACACUGAAAAAUGCCAACCUUCAGAAUUGUGAUCUAAGAACUGCAGUUUUGGCGGGAGCUGAUUUAGAGUCUUGCGAUCUCUCGGGCAGUGACUUACACGAAGCUAACCUGCGCGGUGCCAACUUGAAAGACGCAGCGUUUGAACUAAUGCUGACACCUUUACACAUGUCACAGACUAUACGAUAAUAGAUUAUAGAAGAUUUUCACAUUAAUUGAAAUUUUAUAGUGUAAAAAGGCUUAUUUCUACAUGUGUUUCACUGCUAUCUAGUUUAUUUAAUAAAAUCGGCCUCAGCACGACUCGAACUUAAUAAAAAAGUCCUGAACUUAUGAAAUAAACCAGUUAAGUGACAUCAUAGAAAAAUAUGGUUAUUUCUGUGGUUGUAAAAUUUGCUAUAUUAUGAGGUAUAUAUGUGCUGUGGUUUUAAAGGAGUUACAGAUAUAUAUUACAACUUUCCUUCAAAUAUUAAAGUUAUAGAUGGGAAAAUGUAUUUAAAAUAGUAAUAAAUAUUUAUUUAUUGUAUAUAUGCAUUUGUUGUAUUAAAAGAAUGUCAAGGUAUAUUGAGAAUUACUUUGGACAAUUAAUUGUUAGUUAAUAUAGUAAUUGGCUUUUGCUUCACGUAGAUUUUAAUAGCUAGAACAAUUGGCAAAUAGUUAUGUAGAACAUUAUGUCUACUUAAUUAUAGGUACACAUAAGUAUUAUGAAUGACUUUUAUUCAUUGAAUCUUAAAAUUUGUGAUAUAUUAUACCGUGUUUUUUGAAAUAAAGAUAAAAUAGAGAUUG